GUCAUUCCAAACACUCCUAUUUAGUGAAAGCAUCCCAUUGGCCAGCGAAUCUCUUGUAGACAAUAUAUUAAACAAGUGCAUAAACAACAACUCUACUAUGGAAGAAGCAUACAAACUAAGCAAAUGGGAAGGUUACGUAGAUUGGAGAAAUCAAUCUGCUAUUAAAGGACGUCAUGGUGGAAUUCUUGCAGCAUUUUUCAUAUUAGUUGUUGAAGUGCUGGAGAAUCUAGCAUAUUUAGCAAAUGCGAGUAAUUUAGUACUUUAUCUGUCAAAGUACAUGCACUUUUCGCCGUCAAGAUCAGCCAUCAUUGUCACUAAUUUUAUGGGCACCGCCUUCUUACUUGCACUCCUCGGUGGCUUUUUAUCCGAUGCUUAUUUCACUACUUUUCAUGUGUUUUUGAUCAGUGCUGUUAUUCAGUUCAUGGGACUUUUGGUACUCACAAUACAAGCUCACAUACCAUCUCUUGAACCACCAACAUGCUCACUGGCCGAAACCACCAAUGUAAGAUGCCAUGAAGUCGGAGGGGCAAAAGCCGCAGUGUUAUUUAUAGGCCUUUAUCUGGUUGCCCUUGGUGUUGGUGGGAUCAAAGGAUCACUCCCCUCACAUGGGGCUGAACAAUUUGAUGAAAACAGCAAAGAAGGGAGAAAAAAGAGAUCAACUUUUUUCAAUUACUAUGUUUUUUGUCUUUCUUGUGGUGCUUUAAUUGCUGUUACAUUUGUUGUUUGGAUUGAAGAUAACAUAGGUUGGCAAUGGGGCUUUGGGAUCUCUACUCUCACUAUAUUGCUUGCUAUACCUAUUUUUCUACUUGGAUCUUGUUAUUACAGGAUUAAAGUUCCUUCUGGUAGCCCGUUGACUAUUAUUCUCAAGGUUUUGAUAGCAGCAAUUUGCAACAAAUUCUCCUCAAGGAAACCAAUCAUUAACAUGGAAACAAACCAUCAUACCAAUCCAACUACACCUGCCCAAGAGAGCCAAGCUCAAGAAAAUCCAACAACACAAACAACAGGACUAAAAUUCCUAAACCAAGCAAUAACAAACAAUCCAAUCCAUCAAACACUAGAAUGCACAAAAAAACAAGUAGAAGAUGUCAAAAUUGUAAUGAAAACCAUCCCAAUUUUUGCAUCCACCAUUAUGCUAAACUCAUGUCUUGCUCAACUCUCAACCUUCUCAGUCCAACAAGCCGCAACCAUGAACACAAAACUCGGUUCCUUAAAAGUCCCACCCGCUUCACUCCCUGUCUUCCCAGUCAUCUUUAUAAUGAUACUCGCGCCAGUCUAUAACCACCUCAUUCUCCCAUUAGCCCGAAAGAUAACCAACUCCGAGAUGGGCAUAUCCCAUCUUCAAAGAAUCGGGUUAGGCCUAUUUCUGUCCAUCAUCGCAAUGGCAAUUGCAGCAUUAGUCGAAACAGAACGAAAAAAAGUUGCUGAUAAACAUCUUAAAUUAGACUCUAAUGAGCCUUUACCCAUUACAUUUCUUUGGAUCGCGCUACAAUACUUGUUUCUUGGCUCUGCCGAUCUAUUUAGCUUGGCGGGUUUGUUGGAGUUUUUCUUUACAGAAGCUCCUAGAAGUAUGAAAUCUUUGGCUACAUCUUUUUCUUGGGCUUCAUUGGCAAUUGGGUAUUACUUAAGUUCUGUUUUGGUAGCAGUUGUUAAUAGAGUUACUGGUAUUUUUGGUUCAAUUCCUUGGCUUAAAGGAAGUAACUUGAAUCAUUAUCACUUAGAAAGGUUUUACUGGUUGAUGUGUGUGUUAAGUGGGUUGAACUUCUUGAAUUACUUGUUUUGGGCUAGUAGAUACAAGUAUAGAUCCUUGAAUGAAGGUUAAUGUAAUGUAUUUUGGUGGUAAUUAGAUCGAUCAACAGUGGCGGAUGUAACCUCAUUUAAUGUUGUCAAUUAACGUCAUUUUAUAAGUUAUAUCUCUAAAUAUAUUACUAAGUGUACUGGUUAAGUUGUUUAGAAAUAUUGGUAUGUGACGGCAUUAUCCCAAGUUUAAGCGUUAUUAUCAACAUUUUCUAAAAACUAUAGUUAAUACAUUAACAUUAUUUGAUUUUAUUUUAAAGAGAAGGCCAGAAGAAUGUGGUCAAUUAAUCAAGCAAUCUUGUGCCAUCAAAAUAGUUAUGUUAGGAAAUGUUUAAGAAAAGUAUAAUCAUGUUAUGGAAAGAGCAAACUCUCCAUGAGUAUGCCAAUUAUUAUAAAUCGAUAAGAGUUAUCUUCAAUAGAUUUGUUGAGCUUAUCGAUGAUAUUCAAUUAUGUAUGUUUUUUAAAAUUGUAAUUUGAAUCAUUACUGGCCCAAACUAUUUAAGAUAUAUUAUAUGUACAAGGUUUCUGAAAACGAUCGCCAAAUACUUACGAUGUUAAGAACAAACAACAAUGAGCAAAAUUAAGUUUGACAAAGUAACAAACAAGGACACAAAGAUUUAAGGAGGUUCACCCAAUGAUGGCUACGUCCUCCGUGGUGUGUAGUUUAUGUUUAUAUUAUAUCAAAUGAAUACAAACAACACUUCAAUAUGAAGAAUUACAAUUGAGAUAGAGAUAACAACAAUAGGCUAUGUGUUUGGCUUAAGGGUUGUGUUUGAUGUGUUUUGCAUACUUGAAGUGUGGGUAUGAGAGCCCUAUUUAUAGUGCUAGGUACUUGAAGAUGAAUGGCUCACAUAAAUACAUAGUUAAUUUAGGGUAAUGAAUACUAUGAAAUAACUCUAAGAACUUGAAAAGGCAUUAUCUCAAGAGUCACACACAUGAGACUCUUCACCUUAAUCUUCAUUAACACCAAUAAUUCCCAUGAAUACUCUUCA